AUGUACCUGACACGCAGAAAGAGACUUCACCUGAGCAGGAUUAUAUUUCUUCUCUCUGGGAUUUUACUAUGUUGCAUUUAUCAGCUCACUCUCAGAGCCAGACUAACAGACCCCUGGCGAGAGCCUCAGAUUGGAGAAGUCCCUGGAGAUCUUCAAGGAGAUGUGGGAAGUGGGGAAGUUUUGGAAGUGACUGAAGCAGUGAAUGAAUUCACCACUACCAGCACUCUAUCAGAGACAACUACUGCUACUACUAGUACUACUACUACUACUACUACUACAACUACUGUUCCAUCAACCACUAUAGAGACAACAGGCUUACCUGUAACAACAGCAACAACAACAAACCGGACAGUUAUCCACUGUAUAUUUGUGGAUCAAGACCUUGUAAAACCAACUUCAGCACCCACACUACUACCCAGUACCACCACCACACCAGCACCCACCACUGUUCCUCCUAGACACGGAGAUGCUCCUCAUAUGAAAGGCGAAUAUCCACCCGAUAUCUUCUCAGUAGAGGAGCGUCGGAGAGGUUGGGUUGUCCUCCACAUCUUUGGAAUGAUCUACAUGUUUGUCUCCCUUGCCAUCGUCUGUGAUGAGUUCUUCGUUCCUACCCUGGCGGUUAUAACAGACAAGCUGGAGAUCUCUGAUGAUGUUGCUGGAGCGACCUUCAUGGCAGCUGGAGGGUCAGCCCCUGAACUUUUCACUUCAUUGAUUGGUGUGUUUAUCUCCCAUAGCAACGUAGGCAUCGGGACCAUCGUGGGUUCGGCGGUCUUCAACAUCCUGUUUGUGAUAGGGAUGUGUGCCCUGUUUUCGCGUGAGAUAUUGCACCUCACCUGGUGGCCUCUCUUCAGGGAUGUUUCCUUCUACAUCCUGGAUCUCAUCAUGCUCAUUAUCUUCUUUCUGGACAACCACAUCAUGUGGUGGGAGAGCAUUAUGCUGGUGACUGGAUAUGCUACCUACGUCUUCUUCAUGAAGUUCAAUGUGCAGAUUGAACGUGCCUUCAAGGCCCAGCUCAGCAAACACAAGAACAUCGUCAAAGUCAUUGCUGUGGAGGAGCCUGAGAAGGACACUGAUACUUCAGGUGAAGGUCAAGACAAUAACCCGCCUGACCCAGAGGACAAGAAUCGAUUAAAGCUGAAACCUGCUCUUCAGAGAGGAGGCAGCUCUGCAUCUCUUCAUAAUAGUACCAUGAGGAGCACCAUCUUCCAGCUCAUGAUCCACACUUUGGAUCCUCUUGGAGAGGCAAAGUUUAAGGACAAAGCUCAGAUUCUGAAUGACAUGGCCAAGGGGAAAGUUGAGAGCAAAGGAAAGGAAAAAAACGAAGAUGAUGGUGGUAAAACUGAAAAAGACAAAGAGAUUAAAGACCAGGCCCCAGCUAAGGAGGAGGACACGAAGGAAAAGCCAGAGGGAGAAAAGGAGGAACAGGAGGGGGACGGUGAGGGUGGAGGAUCUGAAGGGUCGGGGGGCUCAGAUGACUCUGAUGAAGAUGAUAGUGAUGAUGACAGUGAUGAUGACAGUGAGGACGAGGACGAUGAGCAAGAGAAGGAAGAGGAGAACGAGUUAGAAGAAAACGACGAGCCUCUGUCAUUAGAGUGGCCAGACACCAGACGCAAACAGGCCACCUAUCUCUUCCUGCUCCCCAUUGUUUUCCCGCUCUGGCUGACAGUCCCUGAUGUCAGAAACCCAGCAUCCAAGAGGUUUUUUGUCAUCACCUUUCUGGGCUCCAUAGUGUGGAUUGCGAUUUUCUCCUACCUUAUGGUGUGGUGGGCACAUCAGGUGGGCGAGACAAUUGGCAUUUCAGAGGAGAUCAUGGGUCUCACAAUUUUGGCGGCUGGGACGUCCAUUCCCGACCUCAUCACCAGUGUCAUUGUAGCCCGGAAGGGCCUGGGAGACAUGGCUGUGUCCAGCUCUGUGGGCAGCAACAUCUUUGACAUCACCAUGGGUCUUCCAGUGCCCUGGCUGUUGUAUUCUUCUUUUCACGGUAUGGAACCAGUGACUGUAAGCAGUAAUGGGCUCUUCUGUGCCAUCGUCCUUCUCUUCCUCAUGCUCCUCUUCGUCAUCAUCUCCAUCGCUGUGUGUAAAUGGAGGAUGAAUAAGAUGCUUGGCUUCACCAUGUUUGUGCUCUACUUUGUGUUCCUGGUCCUGAGCGUGAUGCUCGAAGAUCGCAUCAUUAUGUGUCCUGUGACAAUAUGA